CUAUGCAAAAUUCAAAAGAAUACACCGCAGUAAGGUAUUAGCAAUAUGGAAGUUAUCACCAUCAUCUCAGCACAAUUGAAUCUUACUGCUAUUCACAAGGGUGAGAUCAGCGCCUCUAAAGAAGUCAGAAAACAUUUCAAAUUUACAGAAGGUUCCACUACCGUAGAGUUUGAGGCCAGCGCCGAGCUUGGAGACAGGUACACGCUCAAAGCCAAGAGAAGAAUGGAAGAAAAGUAUCCUAAAGAAGCUAUUGCUGGCUUGAAAACAUACAUCCGGGCUAAAGGCUUGGUGCCAGGGGAUAGAAUUACCAUCUCCAAGGUGGGAAAUGAAGUUAAAGUGUUUGGCUCAGUAUUCCGUCCCCCACUUUACUAUAUCCACUAUGAGAAGGCAGCCCAAGGAGGUGGAAAUUUUGCUGGUUCCGGAGCAGGUGAGAACUGAUGAUGAUUGGAAGCCAACUAUUUAUCUGCAGUCUUGUGUGUCUACAUGUUAUCAGUUAGGAAUGCCUGGCUUUAAUAAGUUGUGUUCUAGCUAGUAGCUAGGCUAGCGUCGGUAUCCUUUUGUUGUUCUUAUCUUAUAUAUGUAGUCCUGUUGCUUGUGUUGUUGCAUAUCACAUAAUAAGUAGUGAAUCUGUGUUUUUAUUUUUAUUUUUUUAUUCCCUGAUGGCUGGUUCAUGAAUUACUUCUAUUCCAUUGCAAUAAGAGUACUGGUGAUAA